UUAUUCAUCGUCUGGUGUCGUUUAAAGCCCUUUGAAGCUGCACUGAAACUGUCAUUUGGACCUUGAACCGUUUGGGUCCCAUUGAAGUCCAUUAUAUGGAGAAAAAUCCUGGAAUGUUUUCAUCAAAAACCUUAAUUUCUUUUCGACUGAAGAAAGAAAGACAUGGACAUCUUGGAUGACAUGGGGAUUCGCUUCGGGGGGCCCGAGUGUUGAUCACAGGGGCCAGUUCAGGGAUCGGGGAGCAGAUGGCCUACCAUUACGCUAAGUUUGGGGCUCAGAUCAUCAUCACUGCGAGACGAUUAGAGGCUUUAAAAAAGGUGGCGCAGAAGUGUGUGAAACUGGGCGCACAGAAGAUGAUGUAUAUGACCGGAGACAUGUCGGACCCCGCGGACCCCGAGAGAGUCGUCAAAUACGCUGUGGAAAAACUGGGUGGGCUGGACUUUCUAGUGUUGAAUCAUGUUGGAAACACUAACGUAGAGUUCUGGAACAGAGACGCAGACCACGUCAGGUCACUCAUGCAGGUGAAUUUUGUGAGUUACACACAGAUGACAGCAGCAGCUCUUCCUGUGCUGGAGACAUCCGCUGGAUCCAUCAUUGUAGUGUCCUCAAUGGCAGGUAAAUUGGCAAGUCCGUUUGUGGCUCCGUACACCUCUACUAAGUUUGCGAUGAACGGAUUCUUCGGGGCGAUGCAGAGUGAACUGGCAAUCCAGAAGAGCAACGUGUCGGUGUCCAUCAUGAUCCUCGGACUGAUCGACACCGAGUCGGCCAUGAAGAAGAUCAGAGGAUUCACCACGAUGACGGCCUAUCCUGCGAGUGAAGCGGCUCUGAGCAUCAUCAAAGCCGGGGCGUCCCGUCAGAAAGAGGCCUACUACCCCUGGUUCCACUAUUUCACCUGCCUGAUCAACAACAUCUUCCCCUUCCUGAAAGAUCUUGUGCUGUCAGGCCUCAGCAUGGACAACAAGGACUAAUACAUGUGCAGAAUUCAGACAUGAACGGG